GAAUGACAGUUCAAAUCGGCCUCAAGAAAGUUUUGCCGAGUAAGGUUUCACUUCACUGAUAUUACUUUAUUUUCUACAUUUAUUGUAAACCGUUAAUAUGGACUACACUAAUAAGGAUUUCCCUAAACUUAAGAACGACAGAUUAUUAAGAGCUGCAUUAGGACAAGAAGUAGAUAAAGUUCCUGUGUGGGUUAUGCGGCAGGCCGGCAGGUAUUUGCCGGAGUUUCAGCAAGUCCGCGCGCAACACGAUUUCUUCACUGUCUGUCGGACACCAGAGCUCGCAUGCGAAGUGACUCUACAACCACUGAGGAGAUACGAACAUCUAGAUGCAUCCAUCGUCUUCAGUGACAUACUUGUUAUACCACAAGCUUUGGGCAUGACAGUGGAAAUGCACCCAGGAUUGGGUCCAGUUUUUCCUAAGCCCCUUGGUGGACCUUCAGAAAUUGAUCAAUUGCAAGAAGAGGGUGCGGUGUCCAGAUUAUUGUAUGUGGGCAAGGCGAUCACUCUUACAAGGCACAAAAUAGAAGGAAAAGUACCUUUAAUUGGAUUCACAGGUGCUCCGUUUACAUUAAUGGGAUACAUGAUUGAAGGAGGAGGUAGUAAGACCAUGUCUAAAACCAAGGAGUGGUUAGAGAACUACCCCAAGGAUGUUCAUAAACUCCUCAGCCUGCUGACGAGAGUCAUUAUUGAUUAUUUAAUCAUGCAGGUUGAAAGUGGAGCUCAAUUGCUACAGGUGUUCGAGUCCAGUGCCGACCAUCUCACAAGGCAACAAUUUAUUGAAUUCUCUGCGCCAUACUUGAAAGACAUUAGAAGUGGAGUGCUUCAAAAAAUCAAGGACAGGAAUUUGGAAAAUGUUCCAAUGACAGUGUUUGCAAAGGGAGGAGGACAUUCCUUAGAUGUACAAGCUAAACUAGGGUAUGAAACUCUCGGAUUAGACUGGACUGUAGACCCUAUAGAAGCCAGGAAGAUUGUUGGAGACAACAUCACGUUGCAAGGCAACCUUGACCCACAAGAUUUAUAUAAAUCUCCGGAGGAAAUCAGACAAAUGACGAUAGAUAUGGUACGAAAAUUCGGCAAGCACAGAUACAUUGCCAAUUUAGGCCACGGAAUAACCCCGCAGACUCCACUGGAGAGUAUGACGGCGUUUACUGAGGCUGUCCAUGAAGCACUUUAAAAUAAUACAUUAUUGUUGGAUUGCUUUAAGAUGAAG